AUGGCCUCGCGGCCCGGGACACGCGUUCUCGACGCACACAAGGCUGGGCAGGACUGGGCCUUAGUAGCCGAUUGCAACGGAAUUCCAGCUACAACGGCUCGGACUAUCGUCGAGCGAGGAACCCCGGACAUCAAGAAGAGAGGCGGCGCGCGGGCGACAUGCACUAAGUGCACGCCGGAGAUGGAGGAGGCCCUCGUAGAAUACCUGGAGGAUAACUGCCAAUACACGCUCGUGCAGAUGCAGGAGAUUAUAGCGUGCACAUUGUAUUAA